GGAAAACGUCAGUUUAAAGUGAAUCGGCGUCAAAACCAUAUCUGUCCGUUUGUCAUUGUCUCUGUUAAUUGUUUCAUCUUAUAAAUAACAAAAUAUUACUUUUGAGAUCUUAUAAAAGUUUCGCUAUGAGUUAUCCACAAAAGAAGCCAAAAUUGUCACACUCACAUAACCAAACGGUGGCAGGUCCAUCAAACGACGAAUCUCCGCCGAAAAUAUUCAAAUUGAACAUCGAUUGCUUUGACGAGAUAUUUGAAUAUUUGAACGUGAAAGAUUUGUAUUCAUUCGGUCAAACAUGCAAGCGAAUGAACAAAGUGGCCGGCGAAUAUUUCAAACAAAAUCAUUCAUCGGCUCAAAAACUCUGCCUAUAUGAUGGAAUAUACACGAAAUAUUCGAACAAAGAUGGUGUUAGUAAACACAUUCAAACAUCUGGUUUCAAUAAGUUCAUGCCGUCCGUUUCAAUUGAAGUCGUUCCAUACAAAUAUAUUAAAUCGCACAUCACUGAAUUUGAAUCAACUAAACACAUUUAUCUUUCGGAGUUAUGUAUUAAUAACGAAACAGUUGAGCAUUUUAAACAACUAUUGCCCCCACUCGAAAUUGUACAACUCGAAGAUUGUGCGAUGUAUGGUGACUUUUACGAUUUGAUACUGAAAUAUUGCAAGAAUUUGAGAAAGAUUUAUUUUCAAGAUUCAUAUUUCGGUUUCCAAAUAAAUGGUAAAACCAACUGGCUACUACAAGAAUAUCCAAAGCUUGAACGUUUAGAAUUGACGCCUGAUGAUACCAGUCAGAUUGAAGAGCUACGUGAAUUUUUCGUACGCAAUCCAAAUGUACAGAGAUUUUCAACUAACUCAGAAUUUUUGUGGGAGAAUGCUGACAUAUUUUUAAAUUCCAAUGCAAAAUUGGAUAUUUUGGAACUUAAAAACGUUUUGGUUUAUAAGCAGUCUCCGUCAUAUGUGAAGCAAACGUUCGACUUAUUAAAUCAACUCCAUGAACAAGGCUUCUAUAAACGACUAUACAUUUACUUCAAUAAUGUUGAUGAAGGGGAAAGCAUUUCAUUGGCCUCACUCAGAGGUCUCGAGCUAUUGUCCAUUCGGAGUUCUCGCGAGAGUUAUAAUUUAGCUCAAUUGACCAAUCUGAGAGAGUUAAUCAUUUUGGAUCCAUUGGAUGUCAAGGAUAUGGAGAUCUUAGCAAAUGGCCUGACAAAACUCGAACGUCUUUACAUUGAUGAGGCUAGCAUCGAUGAAAUUAUACCAUUCGUUCGUCGAUCACCGAAAUUAAACAAAAUCAAAUUCAUACCAAAGUGGAAAGGUGUAGUUUUGAAUUUGGCAAUGUUGAAUGCAGAACGUGCAAAGUUGGCCGGAGCUCUAAAAAUAAUAUUUUAUACGCGUGAUGAUGUUUUCUUGGCUACAAAAUGGACGACCAGAAACGGUGACACCAAUUUGAGCUUCAUUGAAAUGAGACGAUCGGAUUCAUUUGAAUGGAAUCCUCAUUAUCGUUAAUGAAAAAAAGUUGAAGAAGUUUGUCUUUGUCUUACAAUUUUCAUAUUUCACGAUACUUUUUCAAUUCCAAAAGUGAAAUAGUACAGAAGAAUUGAUUCAAUCAUAAUCUGAGUAAAUUUUUGAAUAAAGGGAAAACCGAGUUAGUUAUGCAAGUCUUUUUCUCUUUCAAAAUGUAAUUUGAUAAUAUUAAGAAAUAAA